AUGAAAUUAUCACCUUCGGAUGUUUUUCUCUUUGUAGUUCGAGUAUUUAUAAUGUUGCAUUCAAUUGUAUUUGAUCUAUUUGUUAUAUCAAUAAUUACUACAGCUGAUCCCGGGUUACCAAUUAAUACCGAUCCGUACGCAGCACAACCACCUCCACCGCCGCCACCACCUCCAUAUAAUUACUAUGAAUAUCGAUCUCAACAACAACAACAACAACAACAACAACAAACAACACCAUCAAAGAAUACAGGCAAACGAAGUCAAGAUACCAAUAAUUAUCCUGAGCAACAAUAUCAGCCAUCUUCAUUGGCAGUGACAUACGGCAAUGUAGCAAACAAAAAAUCAUCGCCCAAUCAAUGCAAAUUGCAUAUUAAUUGCCCAAAUGCUCGAAGUCGAGUUACACUCGAUAUUCAAGGACCUCCUGGGCCACCGGGUCCGCCAGGUAAACAAGGCAUGCAAGGUCCAAGUGGUCCUCCAGGUCUACCUGGACCACCAGGUCGUGACGGCUAUUUGAAUUUAAAAUCAGCGUUCUUUGUUGCUUUAAAUAAAACAUAUUCUCUUCAAGAGAGUGCCGCUAUUGUCAUAUGGGAUGAUGUUAUAUUAAAUAAAAAUAAUAAUCUGAAUAACAAUACUGGUAUCUACUACGCACCUAUUAGUGGUUUAUAUGAAUUUAGUUUAACAGUGUGUGUACCAGCAAAUCAUAUUGCAUCGGUAUCGUUAUGCAAAAAUACGGAAAAUAUUGUACCUUUAUGGGUCGAAGGAUUUUUAACGGCAGUUAAAAAUCAAAAAGUACCUAUUUGGAAUACAGCAUCAACAACAGUCGUUUUAUAUUUAAUCAAAGGCGACCGAAUUUAUAUACGUGCACAAUCACGUGAAGAUGGAGAUUACUAUUUCAAAACAGCAUUAUACGGUUGGAGAUAUUCAACAUUUGGUGGAUUUUUGAUACAUGAAGACAAUUAA